AAUGGGAUCCCAAUGGAAGUGUUAAGAUCUGCUGCUGCCGGUACAGGACGAGGAAGAGAGCAAAAGGAGACGCGGCGCUGUGCUUUGCGCACAAUCUGCCCCCACAUCUGAAUAUCCCUUUUAUUACCUUCAUACAAGUCUCACGCCUGAUUGUCUUUUGCUGUUUUUGCACCUGUAUAAGAAGAGGCAACAUGACCCCAAGACUAGUGAUCGCACUUUUUGUAACUUGCUACUUUGUCCUUCUGCAUCUGCCUCAGUGUUUCGGCCAAAGAGCGACUGGCCCCAGGUUUUUAAUAAGUGAUCGGGACAGAGACCCUCAGUGCAAUCCUCACUGCACCAGGCCACAACAUAAACCAGUAUGUGCUUCAGAUGGUCGGACCUAUGAAUCUAUGUGCGAUUAUCAACGAGCCAAGUGCAAGGACUCUUCCCUUAGUGUGACCCAACGUGGAAGGUGCAAAGAUGCUGGUCAGAGCAAGUGUCGUCUGGAAAGGACUCAAGCGCUUGAACAGGCAAAGAAGCCCCAGGAAGCUGUGUUUAUACCUGAAUGCAAUGAAGAUGGAUCAUUUACUCAAGUGCAAUGUCAUACGUUCACAGGAUACUGCUGGUGCGUCACCCCUGAUGGCAAACCUGUAAGCGGCUCUUCAGUGCAGAACAAAACACCUGUAUGUUCAGGUUCUGUAACUGAGAAGCCCUCAAGUCAGGGCAAUUCCGGCAGGAGAGUUUCUUUUCGAUUCUUUCUUACCCUCAAUUCAGAUGAUGGAUCAAAGCCUACACCCACCAUGGAAAGCCGGCAUGUUUUCGAAGGAGAUGGGAGAAGAGGCCCUCACCCAAUACUUAGGGGUGAAAUUCAGAGUUCGGAUCAUCCAUCACAAAACGUAGGGGGUGGGGUCAUAGACAUCACCGCUCCUACGCUCUGGAUAAAGCACCUUGUUAUCAAAGAUGCCAAACUAAACAGCUCAAGCGUUAAACACCCAGAGAAGGCAAAUUCCUGCGAUCAGGAGCGACAAAGUGCUCUGGAGGAAGCCAAACUGAACCCAAGAGAGGGAAUUGUGAUUCCAGAAUGUGCCCCAGGCGGCCUUUACAAACCUGUGCAGUGCCACCAGUCCACUGGAUAUUGUUGGUGUGUCUUAGUAGACACUGGUCGUCCAUUGCCUGGAACAUCUACACGUUAUGAAACUCCUGUGUGCGAAAGUGAUGCCAGAUGGAAAAAUACGGACGCUGAAGACCCAUUUAAAGACAGAGAAUUAGCAGGUUGUCCAGAAGGAAAGAAGCUGGAAUUCAUCACCAGUUUAUUGGACGCUCUCACCACGGACAUGGUGCAAGCCAUCAACUCAGCAGCGCCGGCCGCAGGCGGGAGAUUCUCAGAGCCAGAUCCCAAUCACACACUGGAGGAAAGAGUGGUCCUUUGGUACUUCAGCCAGUUAGACAGCAACGCCAGUGAGGACAUAAACAAGAAGGAGAUGAAGCCCUUCAAAAGAUACGUAAAAAAGAAAGCCAAACCCAAGAAAUGUGCCCGGCGUUUCACUGACUACUGUGAUCUUAAUAAGGACAAAUCCAUUUCAUUUCCAGAGCUUAAAGGCUGUCUAGGAGUCCGCAAGGAACCAGGUGCAAAUGCUGGAAGUUUCCCUCCUGGAAAGCGGCCCGGCUCUAACCCCUUCAGUCGCCUUGCGUAGGAGAGCCGGCCAGAAGAAGGAGACAGAGAGAAGAGAGGCAUGCUGUGGGCGCAGUUGCAGUGCCUCCGAUGGAUCUCACAAUGUUUGCACUUUUGAGUGAACUUUAUUCAUAAGGUUUUUUUUUGUUUUGUUUUUUUAUGUUCCAUUAUCUGAAUGGAAAUGAGAAGAAAAUGUUGCUUCUUUUUUUUUUUUUUAGAUGUUUUUAUAAAAAAAAAAUCUGCUACUGAGAAAUAGGAAUUGAACUCGUGACCGAGGGAAAAAUGGAGUGUCUGUAUAUAAAUGUAUAUGUAAAUUGUACAGUCCCUUUGUACAGGUCUUAACGGAUUUCAUUGUAUCACAACCCGUUCCUUUUUGCUGCUUUUGCCUCUUAAUGUCAUUUCAGUACGCAUUUGUGUCUGUUAUUUUCAUUUGGUUUUUAUUAAGAAAUGCGAUGGAACACUUUAGAAGAGUGGUUAAACCAUACAAGACUAUAAUGCUGUAAUACACAUUAUCAAAAAAUCAUCUAGUCUAUGUAUGAAAUAGGAACACUGCUGAGGAAUUUCCCCAUGUUACUUAUCUAUACAGAAAUGUACUAUACACAGCCUGUUACUCCUAUUGGGGAGUAAAUAUCCAGGAUUGAUUUGAAUCUAUUUGAGUUUGUCCCCGGAUUUGAGGAAAGGCCACAAAGGCCCCCGGCCUAGGGCGCCAGAAAUUUAGGGGGGCAGCAAGCUGUCCAACCACAUCUGCAUUGGUUCGGAAGCACUGGGGAUUUGCAGGAGAUACAAUCAUUUUUAAAAAUUCCUCUGCAUUAAUCCCCUUUACUCCAGACCCUAUGCUGAAAAUUUGCUCAUGUGCAAAAUGGAAGAGGAAGGGAAGGGGGCGAUGAACGGCAGAGGGCGUAGGGGCGCCUGCUAUGUAAAUCCGGCCCUGUUUGUCCCCUGAUCGAGGGACUGGGACCAAUCACUAUAAAUCAGAAUCAAGAAAGGUGUUUAUAAAACAGACCUUGAUUCAUAUACUGUAUAUAACAAACCCAGCCAUAUAAGAAGCAAAUGGGGUAUCUUAGCAUUAAUACUUGCAGACAGUAUAUAGUUAAUUUGCCACCAACCUUUUUUUUUUGUUUUGGGAUAAUCACAUUAAUCAUGUACUGAAUUGAAUGGAACAGAGGUCUGAACACAAGAACUGACAGGGUUGGACUGGAGCACUGGGGGCCCAUUGGGUUCCAAACUUCGGGGGCCCCCGAGAGCAUGCACAGCGCCGCAUAUCAUUUUAUUGAUGGCCCAGCCAAUCAGAGGAGCAGGUCUGGGCUGCAGGGGUCCAUGAGGGCCGGGGCCUACCGGGUUUUUUCCCGGUGUCCUGCCGGCCCAGUCCAACACCGAGAACUGAGUAUGGAAAGCAGAGAACAAAAUAUGAAAUGAAUUCUAUAUAUAUAUUCACAGAAUUACAGCAUUGCAAAUGGAAAUAUGAAGAGAGGAAAAUGAAUGCAAAAGUACAGUAAAUUCUAAGCAAUUUCUUGUGAAAGUAUAAGAGGAGUGCGACGGUGGACUAAAAUGGAGUAAAGUUUGGAAAGUCUCCCCCUUUAUUUUUUUUUAUUCUCCCAUUUCUUCAGGUUCCCGAGGCAGGAACUCACUGGGGAUGCUUAAAAAGUGGCACCAACUUUGGCACAGUGUUAGUAAAUACCACACGACCAGUUACCGCGACUGCCUGUAAUUAUAGGUUUCCCAGUGUGCUGACCACAGGGCUCCUGUUCUACCCAUUUUAGGAACAGAUGAUCGUGGCAGUCGCAGUAGUGUUAUUGUCGUCUGUCAGUUCAUUGUUGAAUAACAGGGAAUCCUGCAACCUGUAUAAUCACACAGAUGCGGCAUGGAGCUCACGGCACCCGUCUGGCUGCUGAGAAGGCGCUGGAGGAGCAAAGGGUUUGCCAAUCAUAAAUCUCACUAAGUAAACUGAUAUUCAUUUGUAAGACUAAAGCAAUGUAAGAUUUCCUUUAAACAAUACCCUGUUUUUUUGUUUGGUUUGUUUGCUAUAGACUUGUAACUGUUGAUAAAUAAAAUAAUUGGAUUUUGCCUACA